GUCUUUUUUUGUAUACAGCGCUCCCCCUGGUGGUGUCUUCGGUAACUGCGUGAAACGUCUCCGGCAGCCCCUCCCUCUGCCCGCCUCCCUCUCUGCUCGCCGCACUGAUGCUGAUAUUUCUCUCCAGCAUCACCAGCGGAGAGGAGGAGGUGGUGGAGGAGGAAGGAGAGGCUGUGCCAGGUGGAAACCGGGACCUCUAUGGAUAUCCUCCUCAUCUCCCUCCACCGGCUCGCAACCCUCAGCACCGUCUGCACCUCCCUGCGGGCUGCCUGCGCUGCAGGGGCACCGCGCCGACACGCUGCAUUUCAGCGGCGCACGCAGCCCAGUCCUCUAUUGUUAUUACCCAGAUAAACCGCUUCAUCUCGUAGUGGGGACUAACCGAGGGAAGACCCCGCUGGAAGAAGAGCGGAGCGUUGGUGUCCUCCAUUGAUGGGCGCUCUCCUCAUCGAUUCAGACCUUAGAGGAGGACAAAUCCGAUCAACUACCUGACCGUGAGCCAGCAGGGUUUUGGGCGCGAUGGCCAAUGCCUCCCCAGACCUGGACAACGCAGAAGCCCAGCGCCAGCUCAACAACAACAACAGACCAAACAGCUCGGGGUUCUGGGAGGCAGAGUGUACCAGCUCCAAGCUGUUUGAAUGCUCCCGCAUCAAGGCGCUCGCAGAUGAAAGAGAUGCAGUCCAGAAGAAGACUUUUACGAAGUGGGUCAACUCUCAUUUGGCCAGGGUGAACUGUCGCAUAUCUGACCUCUACAACGACCUGAAGGAUGGAUACAUGCUCACGCGACUGCUGGAGGUCCUCAGUGGAGAGCUGCUGCCAAGACCAACGCGAGGCCGCAUGCGGAUCCACUGCCUGGAGAACGUGGACAAAGCCCUGCAGUUCCUUAAAGAGCAGAGGGUCCACCUGGAAAACGUCGGCUCCCACGACAUCGUGGAUGGGAACCACCGCCUCACCCUGGGGCUCAUCUGGACUAUUAUCCUGCGCUUCCAGAUCCAGGUGAUCAAAAUUGCGACAGAGGACAACAGAGAGACCCGCUCCGCCAAGGAUGCGCUGCUGCUUUGGUGCCAGAUGAAGACUGCAGGGUACUCUGAGGUCAACAUCCAGAACUUCACCACCUGCUGGAGAGACGGCCUGGCUUUUAACGCCCUCAUUCACAGACACAGACCCGACCUCAUAGAGUUCCACAAGCUGACACGCUCCAAUGCAACCCACAACCUGCAGCAAGCCUUCAACGUGGCCGAGCAGCAUCUGGGCCUCACCAAACUGCUGGACCCGGAGGAUGUGAACACAGAGAAUCCAGAUGAGAAGUCCAUCAUUACGUAUGUGGUCUCCUACUACCACUACUUCUCCAAGAUGAAGGCUCUUAUUGUGGAGGGGAAGAGAGUUGGCAAGGUUCUUGAUAACUGCAUAGAGGCAGAAAAGAUCAUCAGCCGCUACGAAGGUUUGGCCUCAGACCUGCUGGACUGGAUAGAGAAGACCAUCGCGAUCAUCAGCAACCAGAAGUUUGCCAACUCGCUGACGGGAGUGCAGCAGCAGCUGCAGGCUUUCACCACCUACUGCACUAUAGAGAAGCCCAUCAAGUUUCAGGAAAAGGGGAAUCUGGAGGUCCUUCUCUUCACCAUCCAAAGCAAACUCAGAGCCAACAACCAGAAACCGUACGUGCCUCAUGAAGGGAAGCUGAUCUCUGACAUCAACAAGGCAUGGGAGAGACUGGAGAAGGCGGAGCAUGAGAGGGGCGUGGCACUGCGCAAAGAGCUGAUUCGCCAAGAGAAGCUUGAACUUCUGGCUCAACGUUUUGAUCACAAAACCACCAUGAGGCAAGCGUGGCUCAACGAGAACCAGAGGCUGGUGUCACAGGACAAUUUCGGCUACGAUCUGCCAGCAGUGGAAGCAGCUAUGAAGAAGCACGAGGCCAUCGAGGCGGACAUCGCCUCUUACGAAGAGCGGAUCGGCGUGGUCGUGGAGCUCGCCGCAGAGAUGGAAGUGGAGGGGUACUACGACAUUCGCCGUAUCUUGGCACGCAAAGAGAACAUCCUGGGCCAGUGGAGUCUGCUGAAGGAGCUGGUGGCCGGCAGGAGGGCCCGGCUGGAGCAGAACCUGGCCCUGCAGAAGACCUUUCAGGACAUGGUGUACAUGAUCGACUGGAUGGAGGACACACAGGCUCAGCUGCUGUCCAAGGACUUUGGGAAGCAUCUUCUGGAGGUGGACGACCUUCUGCAGAAACACAGCCUGCAGGAAGCGGACAUCUCCGUCCAGGCUGAGAGAGUGGAGACGCUCAACGCCGCGGCGCUCAAGUUCACCAUCCUGGAGGGUUACCAGCCGUGCGACCCGCAGAUCAUCUGUAACCGCGUCAAUCACGUCUCUUCCUGCCUGGAGGACCUGAAGCGUCUGGCUGCUGACAGACGCUCUGAGCUGGAGGAGUCCAGACAACUCUGGGCCUUUUUUCAGGAGCUUGAGGAAUCGGAGGCAUGGAUCCGGGAGAAGAGCUCCAUCCUGGCGUCUCAGGGCUUCGGCAGAGACCUGAGCAGCGUUCUGAAGCUGCUGCAGAAACACAAGACUCUGGCCGGAGAGCUGCUGGCUCACCGCUCGCUGCUGCAGAACACCAUGAAGCGAGGGAAGCAGAUCCUGAGCGAGAAGAGCUUCGGCACGACCGGCAUCCAGGAGCGAAUCAUGGAGGUCAAAGACGAGUGGAAGAAGCUGGAGGACCAGGCCGCGCAGCAUCUCGGCCACCUGCAGGAGGCGCUCAACUUCUUCCAGUUUUCCACAGAAAUGGACGACCUGGUGGCCUGGCUGCAGGACGCUUACCGCCUGGUCUCCAGCGAGGACUUCGGUCACGACGAGUACUCCACGCAGUCGCUGCUGAAGAAGCACAGAGGGGUCACCGAGGCCAUCGACAAACAUCGCCUCCAUGUGGUGGCGCUGCGCAAGCACAUGGGGGUUCUGCCGCUGCAGUACCGCGAGCAGGAGGAGGUGCAGGUGCGCAUGGCGGAGGUGGAGCAGCUGUACACGGAGGUGGCUGACGUGGCCGUGCUCCGACAGCAGUGGCUUCACGACGCGCUCGCCGUCUACCACAUGUUCAGCGAGGUCAACGCCUGCGAGCUGUGGAUCGACGAGAGGGAGCAGUGGCUGGACAAGAUGGAGAUCCCGGAGAAACUGGAGGAUGUGGAGGUGGUAGCGCACAGGUUUGAGAGCCUGGACCAGGAGAUGAACAGCCUGAUGGGACGGAUCCUGGACGUGAACCAGAUCGUCCAGCAGCUCCUGGAUGGAGGUCACCCCUCCUCCUCAGAGGUCAGGGGGUGUCAGGACCACCUCAACUCCAGGUGGAACAGCAUCGUGGAGCUGGUGGAGCAGAAGAAGGACCAGCUGGACUCCAUGCUGCGUCUGCAGAAUUACCUGCUGGAGUGCGCCGAGAUCAAGUCCCAGAUCCAGGAGAAGAGGAAAGCCAUCGACGCCACGCAGUACAUGGGCAGCGAUUUAGGAGGAGUCCUGGCUCUGCAGAGGCGUCUGUCCACCAUGGAAGGAGCUUUAGCCGUCCUGGAGCCCAAACUCCUGCAUCUACAGGAGGAGGCGGAGCAUCUGGCCACAGCUCAUUCAGGCCGAGCAAUGGAGAUCCUCGUGCCCUUUGAUGGCAUCAGUGUGGAGUGGGAGGAGCUAAAGCGGACUCUGCAGGGGUGUGAGGACUCACUGAUGGUGGCCAGCCGGCUGCAGAGCUUCAUACAGGACCUGGACUCCUUCCUCACCUGGCUGGUCCAGACUCAGACAGCUGCUGCCUCAGACCAGCUACCUAACGACCUGGAGGAAGCUGAGAAACUCAUCAACAAACAUGCUGCUCUCAAGGAGGAGAUUGGACGAUAUGAGGAAGACUACGAGCGGCUUCAAGCCAUGAACGAGCUGCUGGAGUCUGAGGAUGCUCCUCUGCCUCAGGCCGCGCUGCAGCAGUGGCUCCAGAAGCUGGACGUGGGCUGGAACAAGCUCCUGGAGAUGUGGGAAAGCAGGAGAGAAGUUCUGGUUCAGGCCCACAUUUUUCAUCUAUUCUUGCGAGACGUCAAACAGGCAGAGUCCUUCCUCAACAACCAGGAGUCGGCCCUCGCUCAUGUGGAGCUCCCCACCACCGUGGAAACGGUGGAAGCCGCCAUCAAAAAACACAAGGACUUCACCACCACCAUGGAGCUGAACCUCCACAGGAUCAAAGCCGUGAUCGAGGCGGGAGAAAGCCUGAUCAGCCAGAACAACAUCUACUCGGAUCGCAUUAGGGAGCGCAUCGACACUCUGGCCAAGAGGGGGAACCAGAACCGACACCUGGCCCAGAAGUGGUUGGAAAAGCUGAACGACCAGUGGGAGCUGCAGCGGUUUCUCCAGGACUGUCAUGAGCUGGGCGACUGGGUGAACGAGAAGAUGCUGAUGGCGAGGGACAGCAGCCGAGACGAGACCCAAAAGCUUCAUAAGAAGUGGCUGAAGCACCAAGCCUUCAUGGCAGAGCUGGCCCAGAACAAGGAAUGGCUGGACAAAAUAGAAAAGGAGGGUCAGAAGCUGAUCCAGGAGAAGCCGGAGCUCAGCCCCGUGGUCCGGAGGAAGCUGGAGGAGAUCCGGGAGUGCUGGCAGGACCUGGAGAGCACCACUCAGGCCAAAGCUCGCCAGCUCUUUGAAGCCAACAGGGCAGACCUGCUGGUACAGAGCUACGAGAGCCUCCACCAGAGACUGGGACAGCUAGAAGGUCAGCUGGCCUACGUGGACCAGGGUCAGGACCUCACCACAGUCAACAAGCAGCUCAAGAAACUGCAGACUCUGGAAGGUCAAAUGGAGGAGUGGUAUAAGGAGGUGGGCCAGCUGCAGGUGCAGGCGGCCUCCAUCCCGCAGCAGACGCCGGUCAAAGAGACGGUUGCCGAGCGACAGACGGCCGUCGAGACCAGGAUGUUGCGUUUGAUCGAACCUCUGAAGGAGAGACGACGAAUUCUUCUGGCAUCAAAGGAGGUUCAUCAAGUCGGACGAGACUUGGAGGACGAGAUUCUGUGGGUGCAGGAGCGCCUCCCAUUGGCCACGUCUCAUGAGCACGGCUCCACCCUGCAGGCCGUCCAGCAGCUCAUGAAGAAGAACCAGUCGCUCCAGAGGGAGCUGCAGAGCCACCGGAGCAGGAUGGAGGAGGUCCUGGAGCGGGCGGGGAUCAUCGCCUCCAUCCGCAGCCCCGAGGCCGACUGCAUCCGGGCCGGCCACGACCAGCUGGCCCAGCUGUGGGCGCUGCUCUGGACCGAGACGGAGCGGAGGCAGCUGCUGCUUGACACCAUGUACCAAGUGCAGCAGUAUUACCUGGACACGGCGGAGGUGGAGGCCUGGCUGAGCGAGCAGGAGCUGCACAUGAUGAACGAGGAGAAGGGAAAGGACGAACCCAGCACCCUGCAGCUGCUGAAGAAACAUCUGGUCCUGGAGCAGACCAUCGAGGACUACGCAGAGACCAUCGGCCUGCUGUCGCAGCAGUGCCGCCAGCUGCUGGAGAUGGGACACCCCGACAGCGAACAGAUCAGCAAGCGUCAGUCGCAGAUCGACCGUCUGUACGUGUCUCUGAAGGACCUGGUGGAGGAGAGGAAGAGCCGUCUGGAGCAGCAGUACUGGCUCUACCAGCUCAACAGGGAGGUGGACGAGCUGGAGCAGUGGAUCGCUCAGAGAGAAGUGGUCGCCAGCUCGCCUGAACUGGGUCAAGACUUUGAGCAUGUGACCGUCCUGCAGGAGAAGUUCACAGAGUUUGCAUCAGAAACAGGAAGUGUGGGGCAGGAACGAGUCACAGCCAUCAACCAGAUGGUGGACGAGCUCAUAGACUACGGACACUCGGAGGCGGCAACCAUCGCCGAGUGGAAAGACGGAGUGAACGAGUCGUGGGCCGACCUGCUGGAGCUCAUGGAGACUCGUGCGCAGAUGCUGGCGGCCUCGCACCAGCUGCACAAGUUCUUCUCCGACUGCAGAGAGGUUCUGGCUCAGAUUCAGGACAAACACCAGAGGCUGCCGGAGGUUCGAGCUCGGCAGGGCAGCACCUCAAACACCAACACCCUGCAGAGACUCCUGCACAGCUUUGAGCAGGACAUUCAGCUGCUGGUCACACAGGUGCGUCAGCUGCAGGAGAGCGCGGCCCAGCUGAGGACGGUGUACGCGGGCGAGAAGGCCGAAGCCAUCGCCUGCUGCGAGCACGAGGUGAUGCAGAGCUGGAAGGAGCUGCUGACGUCCUGCGAGGAGUGCCGCCUGCAGAUCACCACCGAGACCGACAAGCUGCGCUUCUUCAGCAUGGUCCGGGACCAGAUCAUGUGGAUGGACUCCAUCAUCUGCCAGAUAGGAACAGGAGAAAAACCGCGCGACGUGUCCUCAGUAGAAGUCCUCAUGAACUAUCACCAGAGCCUGAAGAGUGAAGUGGAGGCUCGCAGCCAGAGCGUCCUGGAGUGUAUCGAGAUGGGAAAGAUGCUGCUGGCUGCUCGGAACCCCGCCGCCGAGGAGAUCAAGGAGAAGCUGGACAAGGUGAUCGCGAAGCAGCGUGAGCUCACCGAGAAGUGGGACAGGCACUGGGAGUUCCUGAAGCAACUGUUGGAGGUUCACCAGUUCGCUCAGGAGGCGGUGGUGGCGGAGGCGUGGCUGACGGCGCACGAGCCGUUCAUCAACAGCAAAGAGCUGGGCGAGAGCGUGGACGAGGUGGAGCAGCUCAUCCGGCGCCACGAAGCCUUCCGCAAAGCUGCUGCCACCUGGGAGGAGCGCUUCAGCUCCCUGCGGCGCCUCACCACGGUGGAGAAGCUGAAGGCGGAGCAGGGAAAGCUGCCUGCCACCCCUCUGCUGGGCCGAAAAGUCUUCCUGGACCCCCAAGAUGCUUUAGCCACUCCCUCCACCCUCCCUCGCCUCCCCGUCUCCCCCGUCAUCAGACAGACCAUCUAUGAGCAGAACGAAGCCAGCUCUCCGCCCUCGCCUUCACCCGCCACUCCCACCCCCUCCCCUUCAUCUGCGGCUCGCCGGUUGGGGUCGACCGUCGCCAACUACACCCCUGUGAUGAACGGCUCCGGCUACCGCCACACCCUGGAGGUCCGGCAUGGUGGCGUGGUGGGCGUGGCUGCAGGACUGGGUCAGCCAGCUGCCUCGUCCAUCGCGUCUGUUGCCACGGCAGCCAUGUUAGUGUCGGCCAAUCAGGCGCGAGAAUCUGCCGUCAGCAUGAGAGACCAGGCCGCCAAGGUGAUGAGUCACCUCCAGCCAGUUCAGGCAGGGCGGGACCUGGAGGCCAGGUCGUCCCCGUAUCUACGGCAACCGAAGAUCAAACAUCUGGACGACGCCGUGACGCCGCUGCUGGUCGCCAGCCGGCUGGAGAGAGUGAGGGAGAGGGGGAGGGAGCGGGACAGCGUGACGGGGGAGGCGGGAGCAGACAGGGCGGAGGUGGCGGUGAUGGCCGAGGUGGUGCUACAGGAGCGCGGCCGAGAACGCCUGCACAGCGAGCCCACCAGGGGGUCCCGGGGAUCCAGGCCCGACCCCAUGGGCCACGCCGAGCCGCAGGCCCAAACGCACUCGCACCACCACAGGAUGGAGCGGCAGCUGUCCAGCGAGCAGCUGAUCCAAGCCCGGCGGGACGAGCUCCCCCAGGAGGUUUGGAGGGAACACGCGGAGCGCCGCGACAGACGCACGCUGGAGAGGCAAACGUCCAGCGAGCAGGAGGGCCACGGGGGCCACGAGGGCCGGCGGAGGGAAAGAGACCGGCACCGACUGGACAGACAGGACUCCAGUGAGCACGACACCGGGAGGGAACAGUCUGACCGGCGCUCCGGAGGAGGAGAAAAGAGAAGCACCAUGGCAGAGAUCGUGGAGCAGCUGCAAGAAAGAGAAGCAGCUCAGGCUCGUGGUGAGGUCCCCCGUCUGCCCAAUGGUCUCCCAGAGAAGUCUUCCCGUCCAGACCGGCCCCGAGCGCGGGACCGACCGAAGCCCAGACGAAGGCCACGACCCAAAGAGCCAGGAGAACCGCGGCGGUCCAGGUCCGCUCCGGCCCAGAGCAGCCCGGCGGUCCCGCAGCCUCCAACGCACACGGCACACCACGAGGGGUUCCUGUUCCGCAAGCUGGACAUCGAGAGCCUGAAAAAGAGUACAAACAGCAGAUCGUGGGUCAACCUGUACUGUGUGCUGAACAAGGGGGAGCUGGGAUUCUACAAGGACGCCAAGAACACGGCGACGCCCUACAACAACGAGCCGAUGCUCAGCCUCUCCCACUGCCAAUGCGACGUCACCAACGGCUACAAGAAGAAGAAGAACGUCUUCACCCUGAAGACGAAGGAUGGCAGUGAGUUUCUGUUUCAUGCAAAAGAUGAGGACGACCUGAAGGCGUGGGUGACCAACAUCACCACCAGUAUUUCAGAGCACGAGGAGAUUGCCAAAUGGGGCCAGCCCCAACCAACUACCUCAUCCACCGACGAGGGGACGCGGCGAGACGGCAGCAAGGCGGAUAACAGAUCGGAGCGGGGGGCCGAGCGCAUCGAGCGGGUGGAGAAGGAGAAGGAGAAGGAGAAAGAGAAGGAGAAAGAAAGAGGAGAACGGUCAGAGAAGUCCGAGAAAGGCGGGAAGUCGGACGCAAAGCGCUCAGAAAAGUCCGGUAAGAAGAAGUGAGCGCCACCCGUCUGCUGGGAUCGAACAAACUCUGGAGGGGAGUCGCGGACAGCCGGCGGGCGUGCCCCCGCCCUCCCCCUCCGUCCACCCUCAGCACCGUCAGCCGUGCUGGGAUGGACCCGCUCACAGGACGGACGGGACGCCUUUGUCGUCUUUCUUUCUCUCUCCUGUUUUUGCCAGAAUGCACAGAGUGACUGACGCCCCCUGGUGGCCGACUCCCAUCAGAGGGAGGAGUUUCCACACGCAUCAUCAACGCUGGACGCUUUCUAACCCGUAGCUCAUUCUGUUCCAUGUCGUUUCUUCCUCUGGGAUGAGCUGUGUCGCUAUGUAGCCGUUUGUCCGUCUGAGGCCUUUCAUCCUCGCCAUCCAGGAGUUCCACUUCCUCUUCGUCACAUCUGCCGCUAAAUCUCUGAACACAUUUUCCUUCAAUCAGCAGGAGCUCUGCGCGCCUGCAGGGGCUGAUGGGUAAAAAGAGGGAGAUUGAGUUUGGAGUUUAUUUAACAACAUUUAAAGGCAAAACAAAUAUUGUUCAUGUGACAUCUCCAAAAAUCCAUCAUUGCUUUAGUCAUGAAGCACAAACUCCUCCUCUUUGGUUUUCUCGGUUGAACCGUGCGUCCUCCGCCGUGUCGCGUCAUUUUUUAACGGAAUUGGAAAGUCUGGCAGCAGCUCCCAGAGUCUCCACAGCUCUCAGGUUCUUCAUGCGUGCUCCGCGUGCCGCCAUGUCCGUCCCCUCAAAAGUCACUUCAGUCUUCCAGAAACCUCCAUUCACAUCCUGCAGCCCCUCCACCCCAAACCCGGUGCCAGCAGGUCACCCCCCCUGGUCCUCACAGACCCGCAGACUCGGAAGUUAUCGACAGAGGAUCCACCAUGACUCGAGGGCAGCCAUAUAUUUACAGUGGAGAUGCAUGUUUUUGCUUGAAGAGAUUCCCUCAGACUCAUCGUUUGAUUUCCUGUCAGCUCACCUCAAAGCCAUAAAAUGCAAACAGAAGAAGAAACGAGCUCGUUAAGGGAGGAGUGAAGGCUGAUGGGAAACCCCUUUCACUGCACGUCUGGUUCUUUUCAAUUUUUUUUUAAAUCUUUUUUGAGUUUUCAUAAAUUUUCCCAUGAAGCUUUUUGGGACUUUUAAUAUAUAUAUUUUUUUCUCUUUACUAAAGUUGUUUUUUUUAAUUAUUUUUUUUUUUCUAACUUACAAACCAUCAGUAGCUGCCAGAACCAUGUGGAGCAGAUCUAACCUUUGAAGUCCGAGUCUUCAGCUCCGUUUGCAUUUGUAGAAACAAACACUAGGGGGCAGCAGAGCGUCUUUUCCAUCAGAAAUGUUGACAUCCCGACAUGUAUGGAGCUAAAUUGGGGCCAAUAUUAUUUGAAACCCAAAUAAAACAAACUGAAAAAA